AUGGGACCACAGCUCCCCUUCCUGUUGAUGGCACUGACUAGCUGCCUGCUCCCGACCUGGUGCUGUAUUAUCUGUGAUCCUAUGGUGGUUAAUGCAUUGCGGUCCUUGAAAACGGAUUACCUGCCUGGACACCUGCCACCCCAGUCUCAUGAAAACCUGAUGAAAAGGGUAGAGACCGCAGUGCUCAAUUUCAAGGACUUGCCAGUCGAUGGUGAAACCUAUAUGGGGGCCGUUGAUGAGCCCACACUGGUAAAAGCAUCCUGGGGUUUUCUGACGGAUCUGAAGCGUAUCACAGACUCUGAGGUGAAAGGAGAAUUAUUCAUAAAAGAGCUAUUCUGGAUGCUUAACAGGCAAAAGGCAAACUUUGCACGUUACUCGGCUCAGUUCCUGAAUGAGUCUUAUUGCCCCAAUAAAUGUGGUUUGAUGCUGCAAGCCCUGAUCUGGUGCAAUGCUUGUGAGAAGCAAGUUCACGCUUGCCGGAAGUCCAAGGAUUGUGGGGAGCACCAAGUCACGGUCCAUCAGAUGGAAGAUAUGGUCCUAGACUGUGAAUUCAGCUGGCAUCACGCUUCUGAAGGCCUCACUGAUUACAGCUUUUACAGGGUUUGGGAGAACAAGACGGAGACCCUGGUGACCAAAGGGAAGAGCCCCACCCUGACCAAGCCCAUGGUGAGUCGGAGCGAUGCUGGCACCUACCGCUGUGAGCUGGGCACCAUCAACAACAGCCCGGCGACCAUUGUACAUUUUCAUGUCAAAGUUUUGCCUCGAAGAAUCAAGGUGGAGACAAAGCCGCCGGAAGUAUCCGUGAGCCACAUCGUCCCGAGUCAUCAGAAGCAGGAAAGCCACAAUACACUGAAAUACCAUCUCAUAUGGAUUCUGCUCUGUGCCAUGUGCAUGUUGCUGGCCGGCAUUGUGACUGUGAUAUUUUUCCUUCAGUAUCAGAAACCUCUAAUGAGGAUUCAGGAGAGACCUCAAAGCUCGCUUCAGGAGAAUCCUCUGGAGACACCUUCAAGGAUGUUCCCAGAGAAACCUCAAGAGAUGCCCCAGAAGAGGCCUCAAGAGAAGCUUCUAGAGAAGCCCCGGGAGAGACCUCAGGAGAUGUCAAGGGAGAAGUUUCUAGAAAAACCCCAGGAGAGGCCUCAAGAGAAAUCUCAGGAGAUGCCACAAGAGAAGCUUCUAGAAAUGCCACUAGAGAAGCUUCUAGAAAAGGCCCAGAGUCCUCAAGGGAGAUCUCAGGAGAUGUCACAAGAGAAGCUUCUAGAAAAGCCCCAGGAGAGUCCUCAAGAGAAAUCCCAGGACAUGUCACAAGAGAAGAUUCUAGAGACGCCCCAGGAGUGGCCUCAGGAGACGCUUCUGGAAAAGCCCCAGGAGAGGCCUCAGGAGAGGGCACAAGAGAAGCUUCUAGAGAAAACCUCUGGGGAUGCCUCAGAAGACCUUGGAGGACCCCCCAAAGCACCCUCCAUUCAGCUUUGA